CCAGGCGACACAUGCUCACAUAGCUUCUCCCAUUUUGAACUAAUCCUCAUCGUAACACACUUAUUUUUAAACACAGUGCUGCUAAAAUGCAGACAGCUAAUAGAGUAAGAGGAUUGAAAGGAACGACAGUGCUAGAACAGGUUGGGUAACACUUGAAGAGGAGGAAAACAGUGGGGUAUAAAGAGACGAAAGUGACACAGGAGCGCUACCAGUCCUCAGCACAGCACUGAAGGAUUUACACCCCCAUCCUGGAAAGGAGCCGUGCAAUUUAGGACAACAGGAGAUCUCUACUGCCAGCAGAGGCCACAUAUAUAUUCAAUCACUCCAAAGAAACAUGUCUGCAAAAGUCUACAAGAAAACUAGCCCCAAUGGCAAGCUCUCUCUUUACCUGGGAAAAAGAGACUUUAUAGACCAUGUGGAUUCAGUGGAGGAAGUAGAUGGAGUGGUCCUUGUGGAUCCAGAGUAUCUGAAAGACAGAAAAGUGUACGUGGUGUUGACAUGUGCAUUCCGCUAUGGCCGGGACGACUUGGAUGUCAUUGGUUUGUCAUUCAGAAAGGAUAUUUAUGUGUCCACUAUUCAAGUAUACCCUCCUACAUCAGAAGAGAAAAAACAAAACACAAGCCUGCAGCAGCAUCUCAUAAAGAAGUUGGGAGAAUAUGCCUACCCCUUCACUUUCACGAUACCUACCAACUUGCCCUGCUCAAUCACUUUGCAGCCUGGCCCUGAUGAUAUUGGCAAGUCCUGUGGCGUUGACUUUGAAGUCAAAGCAUUCUGUGCCGACAAUCUGGAGGAGAAAAUUCACAAAAGGAAUUCAGUUCGACUGAUCAUCAGGAAGGUACAGUUUGCCCCAAGUAAUGUUGGGGCAGCACCAAAGGUGGACACCACACGUCAGUUCAUGAUGUCAGAUAAGCAGCUUCACUUGGAGGCAUCUCUUGACAAAGAGAUUUACUAUCAUGGAGAAUCCAUUGGGGUGAACAUUAAGAUUACCAACAAUACAAAUAAGAUUGUGAAGAAAGUGAAAAUUACAGUGGAACAGCUCACAGACGUGGUUCUCUACUCACUGGAUAAAUACUCCAAGACUAUAGUGAAUGAGGAGUUCAAUGACACAGUAAAUGGGAACUCUACCUUUUCUAAGACUUACAAUAUAAUACCUAUGUUAGACAACAACAGGCAGAAAAGAGGCCUGGCACUGGAUGGCAAACUUAAACAUGAAGACACAAAUCUGGCAUCCACCACCAUUCUACGGCAAGGAAUGGAUAAAGAAGUCCUAGGUAUCCUUGUCUCUUACAAACUGAAGGUCAACUUAAUGGUGUCACGGGGAGGCAUUCUAGGAGAUCUGACUGCCAGUGAUGUUGGAGUGGAAAUCCCCUUUAUUCUAAUGCACCCCAAACCUGAAGACAAAAACAGUCAAGAAGAAAUUAUUAUCGAAGAAUUUGCGCGACAGAAAAUCAAAGGAGAAAAAGAUGAUGAUGAAGAAAAAGAAGAAGGAGAAGCAGAAAAAGAGGCCUAGCAACCUGUCAAGUUCUGCCCUGCCCUGACAUAUACUGUACCUUCCUCAAGGUGAACAGACAAAAUGGAACCUAGAUGGAAUGAGAAAUGAAUAAGUGCAUAUCCCACAAGGAGUUAGUCAAAACCUAGAAGACUGAAAGAAAAUAAAUUGACUGAUGGAAAAAUUUACCUGGACUCUGAAUCAAGAACCACACAUGUAGAUAAACCUGACACAUUUCAUUUGCAUAGGUACACCAUUCAGCUCCAAGGUGAUCUUUGCAUACUGGCUCUCUGGUGGCUGUAAAAUUGAAAUGUGUGGCUUUCCUUCAAGACACUUCUUAUCUACAGAGCAACCCUGAAAUGAUAUGUAUUGAGGAAAAGAACUGUAUUUGACGUAACUCACAAUUAAUUAAUUCAAGAAAAAACAGAAGUCUGUUCACCUUUCCACCAUCCAUCUAAUCCAAACCGAUGUGCUACAACUUAGCUGUUAUGUUGUCCCUGUUGACUUGUAUGUGUGUGCUUCUGUCACAUAGGGUCUUGUCCUUUCGUGCAAAUUAAUUUGAUAGUCUGAUAUAGUCAUGUGGCUCAGCUGCACCAUCUACUAUCUUCAGGUGCUGCCUGACCAUAAAAUCCUUCAUGAAAUGAUGGCUUAGCAAAUGUAAGCAACUUGUAUAAGUAGUUAGAAGAAUAAAAUACACCAAAUGCACUAAACGUGGUCACAAGAUAUUCCCAUCAAAUGGCAGAAAUAAAAUGCUGGGUUUUAAAUAAAUAAACUGAACUUGUAUUUCAAGUAAACAAUUGUUGAUGUUUAAUUCUGUAAGAACUAUUAAUAUAUUUCCUUCA